GUCUGUGAAAACAACAAAAAAACUUCAUCGAUCCGUGAUCGCAUAUUUAUAAUUCGAUAUAUUUUAUUAAUUGCAUUUUUAUUUACUUAGAUAUUUUAGAGUAAUUUAAUAUAACAAUUGGAUAUAUUAUUAUAUUAAACAAUGAUUUUGUGGAUACCAUUGUCGGUAAAUAAUCAGUAUGGGUGAUCUCAGUGCCUCGGAUUGUUCAUGGAAGAAAAUGGUGAUAGCAAAAUCAAACAACGAAUGGUUUACCUCGAUUGUAAAAAGUGAACCUGAUGAAUCUAUGGACGCAAUCAUGAAUACAAACAAUUUAUCUGUGGAAGAAGAUCCUUUUAAUUUCGAGAUUAAGAAAGAAAACAAUGUCGAUUGUAACGAAAAGAGCAGCGACGAAGACAGUGACGGGUCGGCGCCGAUGGAAAUAGUAGAGUCGUUUCUAUCGCCGGAAAUAACCAAGAAGCGGCGUAUCAGUGUGGGACCGAAGAAUGAGACGCCCGAGGAGAGGGCGGCGAGGCUCGCUAAGAUGUCCGCGUACGCUGCGAAGAGGCUGGCGAAUGAAUCUCCGGAUCAACGCGCUCAACGCUUGAAGCGAAUGUCGGAGUACGCUGCCAAGCGCUUGGCGCAAGAGACCAGCGAGCAGAGAGCCAAGCGCUUAGCUCGUAUGUCGGCCUACGCUGCCAGGCGCUUGGCCAGCGAAUCUCCAGAGCAAAGGGCGUUGAGACUGUCCAGAAUGUCUGCAUACGCUGCUCGGCGGCAAGCUAUGAAGAAAGUGAUGGCCUCCCCGAGGCACCUGAACACCACAGGUGUGGACAUGAAUACAGAUUUUGUAGCCAUAAACAGUGCAAAUGAUAACCAAAGUUGAGAUUGGUCUCCCAUAGUCAUAUGAUCAUCUGGAUUUGUAUGUUUAUGGAUAAUAGUGAUGUAAAAACUAUUCAUUUUAAAACAUUCUAUUACUUGUGUACACACUAGAUGACUAAAACAAAAGAAAGGAACUUUAAGCACAAGCAGUGAUGGCCUCUAACUUUAUUGUGAAUAUAUGUAAAUACCUAAGGUAUUUUGGCUCAAAAUGCAUGUUUUUUUUCAUUGAAUGGUGUCUGAUGAUACCUAGCAUUACAUGAUCACUUAAAUUAUUCUGCUACAAACCUCAAAAAUAUAUUAGCAUAAUAAAUAUUGUUGUAAAAAGAUAUGGGAAAGAAAAAUGAUUUGAUUCUUACCCAAAGUUGAGGUUGUGGUCACCUAGUGUGCGAGAGCCUUGAACCUAGACCCUAGUGUGUGUGUGUGUGUGUACAGAGAUUUUAUGAUGUAAAUAAUUACUUUCCAGCAAGAAGCAAUAUAUUUAACAUAUGUAUUCUCUCAGGCUAAGUUACACAAGGCAAGUUUUUAAAAAUGGGAUUGCUUCAGAUUAUAGAAUAGAAUAGAAAACACUUUAUCUGUUAACACAACACAUUGAAAACUUAAAACUAAUACACAUCUUGAUACUUAUAAACUAUUAUUUAUAUAAUUAAAUGUGUUGUGCCAAUAAAAUGAAUCCAACUCAGCUACAAAGUUGCAGGUACAUACAGUACCUACAACGCUGAUAUUCUGCCAGAUCCUAUUGAGGGAAGAAUUUUUAUACAAAGUUUCAUCAUCGUCUCCCAUUUACGGGUAUCCAAAGCUGCUUUAGCUGGAUCUUACCAAAUUUGGUUAGGCAGGGAGAACAACACGAGUGGAGAAGGCAAGUGUUAAUCAAUUGUCAAGGAAUUCCUUAACCCUAAAUCCAUUGGUCACAAGUCUAGGAGUCUGCUCUGAGUUUUUCUCUACUGUGCAAUGGACCUGGCAUCCGCAUUGUGAAUCCAUGGUUUGCUAAAAUAUUCAUCUCAGCCAUUGUGACUCAGUGGUACAAAUGGGGUAGACCAAUUUAAAAAGAUCUUUUAACAUUGGAAAGCUACAUUAGCAGCGAGUAACAUUAGCAUUUUAUCCCAGUAAUUCCACAGUAAGGAAUUAUGCAGGUGGUACAGGAUGUCUGCUUCUACACCUAUCAAUUUCUCCACAAUCCUUGGCAAUAGGAGUAAUGCUUUUCACAUCCAAGAAACACCUUAAGUAACUUAGCCUUUAUGAAAUGUGAAGAUGAAGAUAUUUAGUAGUGAUAAUAUGUAUAUGCAAUAUGCAUGUAAUAAUUAAGAGCUUUUGCAUUUUUAAGCAGCUAGUGAACUAAGCUUUUACUGAAACUACAAAUAAAUAGUCAUUUUUAUAAUCACAA